AACUUUUUAUUAAGAUCGGUGAUUCUUCCAGUGUUACAGAACCAAAGCACCUGAUGAGGUGAUGUUGAGUGUUCGAUGCCUCCUCAGUGGGUGAUGGCGCAGGGAGUGACCGCAUCACUCUCUCCUCCGUCCUCUGCCUCGCUCGGUCACAUGCUCGCGCUGCUCAGCAUCAGAUCUGUCAGAGUGAUGGACGGAUCCAACUCCACCAGGAACCUGACCAACCAGUUCGUGCAGCCGCCGUGGCGCGUCGCGCUCUGGUCCGUCGCCUACAGCGUGGUGCUGGCGGUGGCCGUGUUCGGGAACCUGAUCGUGAUCUGGAUCAUCCUGGCGCACAAAAGCAUGAGGACGGUGACCAACUACUUUCUGCUCAACUUGGCUUUCUCCGACGUCUCCAUGGCCGCGUUCAACACGCUCGUCAACUUCAUCUACGCGUCGCACGGAGAGUGGUACUUCGGAGAGGUCUACUGCCGCUUCCACAACUUCUUCCCCGUCACCGCGGUGUUCGCCAGCAUCUACUCCAUGACUGCGAUAGCCAUCGACAGGUACAUGGCCAUAAUCCACCCUCUGAAACAGCGUCUGUCGGCGAAGGCCACCAUGGGAGUCAUCGUCUGUGUCUGGAGUCUGGCCGUGGUCCUCGCCUUCCCCCUCUGCUACUUCUCCACCACCCGAGCUCUGCCUCACAGGACGCUCUGCUACGUGGCCUGGCCCCGCAUGGCCGGCGACCCCUUCAUGUAUCACAUCAUUGUGACAGUUCUGGUCUACGUGCUGCCCUUAGUGGUGAUGAGCAUCACUUACACCAUCGUGGGGGUGACGCUGUGGGGAGGGGAGAUCCCCGGGGACUCGGCCGAUAACUAUCACGGUCAGCUCCGAGCCAAGCGGAAGGUGGUGAAGAUGAUGAUCAUUGUGGUGGUGACCUUUGCCCUCUGCUGGCUGCCCUAUCACGUCUACUUCAUCGUGACGGGUCUCAACAAGCGUCUGAGCAAGUGGAAGAACAUCCAGCAGGUCUACCUGUCGGUGCUGUGGCUGGCGAUGAGCUCCACCAUGUACAACCCCAUCAUCUACUGCUGCCUCAACAGCAGGUUCCGGGCCGGUUUCAAGCAUGUGUUCCGCUGGUGUCCCUUUGUCCACGUCUCGAGCUACGAUGAGCUGGAGCUCCGGAACACGAGACAGCGAGCUGGUUACCAGAGCAGCAUGUGCACCCUCUCACGGGGCGACACCAGCAUCCUCGGCAAGGACAAGAGUGUUGAUUGUCAAGGAAACAGGUCAAGAAGACUGAACUCGGAGCCCAAUAAUAAAGACAGUUAGUUGGACACACGCCAGCUGAAUGUCCACAGGGCUGUUCGAGUUGAUAAACGCAGAUUGUAGUGUUUUUUUCUGCUGUUUACUUGCUGUGCUCCACUAGGGGGCGGAGAUGUUUUUGAGCACAUUUAAUAAAAAAAAAAUCUGUACUUAGGGAACUUUAACCGCACCCCAUAUAUGACUGUGUUUAUUUCAGAAUUUAGAGUUGAAUGUCUUUUAAAUUGUAAAAUGCUGCUGUUGAUAAAUUUGCAAUCUUAUUUUGUUGGUAUUAUGUGUCCUAUCUUGUGGUUUGACAAAUUCAGCAAAAUCCCCAAAAGAUGAGUUAAAUUAAUCAGUGAGUUAUUAAUUUAUAUGUGGAUUUGAAACAGUAAUAUUACUAGAAAGUGUUUCAUGACGACAUUUGUUGCUAAAAGCCUUCAAAUCCUAAUUAGAUAUCGCCUUCAUACUCAUGCGCUGUACUUCCUUGGGUCUGAUUCAUUUUGUUUUUAGUCAUUAAAUAAUAUUGACGCUUUGGUAAAACAUGGUUGACGGUUACAGCCAUGGUAUUUUAAAUGAUUACAUUAUAUUUGUAGGUUUUUAUUUAUUCUUAUACAUUAUAAAUGGAGAUUCUUUGUCAGCAUCAUGUACUUUAAGCUGCAUUAUCAUCAUGUUAUCCUUGCAUGCUAUUACAUAACUUGGUACUUUAUGGAUUUAUUCAAUGUUUUACUCACUGUAGACAUACUGUUCAUUUAAUUCCAUCAGUCCAGGACACAGUGAUUUCAUCCAGCACUGACUCUCUAACAACACUGAAGCCCUUAAAUCUUUUCCAGUGACACUGAAAUGAAAGGCAGCUUGUUGCUUUUUAUGACCAAAUGUAAAUUCAUAAGUGCUCGCUAAUGUUUUUGUGAGUUGGAGAAAGCCUGUGCCAUCUUUAAAUGUGCUCAUAUUAUGCUUUACUGUGUGUGUCUGUGGAUUUUUGUACAUAAUAAAUGUGCCUUUAUAUUCAGACAUUUGAUGCAAAUUCGAACACAAGGACACAAAUGACCUAUGUUGUUUAUGCUGAAUUUUGUUGCUGUGUGAUGUAAAAGUAACUCUAUAUCAGAACAUGUUUAUAUUUGUCAUUCUGUAAUAUUGUUGGACCUGUUUAUUGUAACAUGAAAGGAGCAGCUUACUGGCUCCGCCCCCUUUCUCUCAAUCAGCCCAAAUAAAGAAAGA